UCUGUAAACAUUUUUUUUUUUUCGCUAGUUCAGCAACAGUUUUUGAAUCUGCUUGUGCUUCGACGAUGUUUCAAAUGCUGCCCUACGAUCAUAAGCUGUGCCACAUGGCCUACAGCUAUAAGCUGGACCUGAACGCGUGUAGACGGCCAGUGGAGCAGAAUGAUUUAGCAAUGGAUAAGGUCUUUAUAAUGCAUCGUAUUCUGGUGUUGUCCUGUCUGAUCGCUGUGAUCAAAGGUGUGCUUGUCUUUAUAAAGCAUUACAACAGCCCCAGGACAAAGUUGCCCACUCUAUGGCAAAAUGAUAGGUUUUUGGUACUGCAGCCAGCUACGACGCGCAUAUGUCGAUGUGUCAUUAGUUUUAUACAUCUGAAUUGUUGGCUGCUCUUGACCUAUGCUGCCGUAUCCUUUACACCUUCACUGAUGCUGCCCUGGCUGAUCUAUUAUUACGUGCUAUUGGCCCUGCGACUGAUGAAGUAUGGAAUUAAAGCUUCAGCGAACAAAUUGAAGGGGAAACGUCUAAAAAAGGCUGUAGUGAUCUCGAAUAUGAUACUGAAGAUUGCGUUUGUCACAUUUUGCAAAAAGGACUUUCAGGCAGUCCUUGAUACAAUUAGUGAUUGAUUUUUUACAUUUAUAAUUUUUUUCUGGAUA